ACCUUUCGGUCUUCUUUCGCUGCGCAUGCUCUGAAGUUUCUUCCUUCCCCUCCUUCCUUGCAGUUGCAGAAUUGCAGUUUUUUUCAAACUUCAACCUCUUCCAUUUCUUCUGUUUCCAUUCUCUUUUUCGUACAACUACCGUACAAGCAAAUACGUUUGAAAUUUCUUAACGAUUUCUGAAUCUCCUAUCGCUAUCUUGCUCUCUCUUUAUAUAAUCUCUCAUGGAGCAACGAUCUGUUCACAGGAUUGGAAUUGGUUUGAUCCACUGAUGACUCUUGCAACAUGUCCAGCCUCAAGUCUGACGACUUGCAGAGGAUAUUCAACAAGCUCGACCAGAACGACGAUGGCUACGUCAGCCUCGCGGAGAUCGCGUGGCUCCUCGACAAGAUUGGCGUCCGGACCGGCCCCGAAGAGCUCGAAUCAAUCGUGGGGCAGGAGAGACUUGACCUGCAGGAAUUCAUGUUCUUCUACGAGAAGAUAGCCGACCGGUGCGAGGUGGAGGCUGACGACGUGGGGCGGGGUGAGGAGAGCGAUCUGCUCGAGGCUUUCAAGGUUUUCGACCUGAACAACGAUGGGUUCAUCUCUUCUGAGGAGCUUCAGUGUGUGUUGUCCAGACUGGGGCUCUGGGAAGAUAAGAGCGGAUACAAUUGUCGGAGCAUGAUUCGUGAAUUUGACAUCAACUCAGAUGGGCUUCUCGAUUUUGAGGAGUUUAAGCGAAUGAUGUUGCUUGCAAUUCCUUGAGCCUUCUCUGUUGCGAACCCCCAUCUCCAUUGUUGGACGAUUCAAAGAUAUUUGUCAACGCAAGAUUUCUGUUUUAUCUCACAGACUUUUUUUUUUUGUAUUCAUUCAUAUGACAAUGGAAUCUUGCUUUGCCAAUAUUAGAAUCUUUUUUCUGGU